AUGGAAUCACCGCACAAGGCUGCUGCCCAUGGCGACAUGGAUGGUCAAUCAUCGGAUGACACUUCCUCCUGCUACGACGAGUUUGAGUUGGACAACAUCGAAAUGGGGCAGCCGUCUCUGUCACAAUCGCCGCCUGCAGUCAACGACUCCAAGACAAAGCCGGUUCCCCACAUCAGCCGCCUCUCGCAUGCCCUCUCAACCCGCAGCCAUCGUCGGCCCGACAUUGCCAAGAACCACAAGAGAGGGCAUCCACGCAAAGCUCCCGAGAUGCUGAGCCCUCCCGACACCGGAAUGCACCCAUGGAUGCCUCCCGCAGCCCGGAAAAGACUGCUCGGCGCCGGCGCCCCUCCUUCGCCUGGAGGCUUCAGCAUGAACGGCCCCGUACCUCCGCGCAUCUCCUCCCUAGGUGUCACUCCGGGAAGCUCGUCAUUCUACCAUGCCGCCCUGCGGGGGAACUCCCUAUCGAAGGAUGACGGCGACGACCUCUACCACGCUUCCCUCCGCGAGGAGGACCAAUCGAAGAAUAGUGACGAUGACCCCGACAGCCUCGACGGUUUAUCCGAGGAUGUAUACGAUGGGUAUGAAGAGCCAGACUUCUCUUCAAACUUGGUCCCCAACCACCAGGACCAAAAUAUGCCGACAGGUUGGGCCACAUCGCUCCGCGAGCUUGUUGAUGAGACAAACCGCAUCAUCAAAGACGCCGCCAGCUUAUCCACUGCCCACACAUCCAGCGACAUGGACAGCAGACCAGCACCCGAGGAUGUGAUAUAUGGAACGAUCCCCGACGCAAAUGCUCGUCUCGCCCCCAGUCCACUUGCUCUCAGAAGGCCGAGGUCAUCCUACCUCUCUGACCUCAAGUACACGUCGCCAGCGUCCCCGCCCAGUAGGGCGCCCAAACAUUCCCGAUCGGCUACCAUAUCGGCGGACAUCAACCGGAACGAACCGACUGCGUUUACACCACCACCCGGGCGCCCACGGGGAGUGUCAUCGCCGGUGCAGUCCGGUCCGCGGUACCACCACACUAGGGAGGCAUCCCUCCUCAGCGUCGCCGUGCCGUCGGAGCCCAUGCGCUCGUCUCCCAGGGUACCGGCAUUGGGAUCUAGCACCAUCAUGACCAAGGUGCAGAGGCACACCUCUACGCGUCUCAGACGUCCGUCGAGGGCGUCGAAAUGGGCCAUGCCGGAGAAUAUGACAGAGAUUCUCAACGGCAAUGUCUUUAGGCGGGCCGAGGUCGAUGAGCUGCUCACGCCCAAGCAACUGGAGCUGCUGAAGCUGCGCCGUGAACUAGCCCAGCGCACCGUACCGAGCGCAGAGACGUCUGACUCGCGUACAUCGUACCGGGCAGCCCCCUCACCGAACCUGGAGCUCGUUGAAGAAGAUGGCACCAGAAGGGAACAUCAGAGAAGUACGUCUGCACCGAGCAGCGGCAGCGUGGCUGUCCAGGACCCGGCAAGUGUCAGCAGCGCGGAAGUUCCAGGAAGCCCGUCGACGCUCGCACCGGAUGGCGACGACAGUUGUGUCCACCUCAACAGCACGCCGUUCUCGGCUCUGACCCCCGGGUUCCGCCACGGCACCAUCGCCCUGACCAAGCGCAGCAAGAGGGUGGUGCCGGGGCUCUACAGCAUAGACGAGAAGGCGGAGUGGACAGCCUUCCAGAUGGCUAUGCUCGGCUCGUGGGACUUGAACCCGGACGAUCUUGACGACAGUGACGGCAAGCUGGCUGGCGACCUAGCCGAGUGGAUGGGCGACCUCGGAUUCGAGACGCACGGUGGACUGGUCAGCCAGGCCCCGCAUCAGCAGAGCUCCAGGUCGCCGGACCGACGGUCACAGGCGACCAUCUCUUCGUCGUCGGAAUCGUCGGUCAGAAGCGGCCUCUCGGCCGACAGCCGCCACUUUCACGACCACGCGACCCGACUCUCCCUCGCCGGCAAUGAGAGGUACGUCCGGUGGCCAGGGGAAGACGGCCUCAAGUCUGUCGACGACGAGCUGCGCGUGGUAGGACACGACAUCGUCGACGGCAUGGCGCUACCGGAGAAAGGGCCGACGACGAACCUCGAGCAGGACCUGAGCGACUUUCUCCAGUGGAAAGCGCAAAGAGCAGCUGAGACGAGCUAG